UGGAACGCGUGUGUUAUGCUCACACCCGGGGCCUUAGAUGAAAUUGAGUUUUGGUUGUUUAACUUACAAACUUUUAACAGUAAUGGCUCUCAGUUAAAAGAACACGUGGCGAAACAAUGUGACGUCGUGGUUUGCACCGACACGUCCGGAGAAGGAUACGGGGGCUACCUACAGCAUGUAGAUAGACCAGUCCAAUGUGACGUCGUACGCAACACACAGGUAUGUAGCACGUGGGAAAGUUUACCGUUAGACACGGACCAUGUUGACACAGACAUAUCGCAUGAAGGCGUGGCGCUUGUUACAGCAGUAGUGUCCCCCUUGGUGGACGACACAGGUAGGAUUGCAGAUACACGUAAAUUCUACAGUAGUAAUCCCUAUGAGGGGCGACCUGCAGGAGGUCUUGAUGAUAGUACCCUGGUCGGCUCGGGGGGUCGAGAGUUUAUCUCAGGGGCUAGGCGGCCUUCAGGAGGCCAGCAGUUUGCUAUACCCGGCGCGGGUCAGCUUACGGAAGUUCAGUUUCGCAGUACCCCGAGCGAGGGGCGACCUCGUGGAGGUCAAGGGCUCAGCACCGCGGGUGCCAGGUUUUUUUUGGAUGGCCAGUUGUUUGGUUCCUCUGGUAAGGGUCGACCCUCAGGGGGUCAGGUACAUUUAAAGAGUGUUCCGAACCAGGGACCACCGCACGGAGGUAGUAUAAUUUCCAUCCCUCAUGGAGGGGGGCUUCGUGGUGGUCACGCAGUCAGCGACAUCGAGGCAGCUGUGACACUCUCACAGGGUCAAGAGGCAUAGGAUUGAAGAAGUCGAUAAACGACGCAUUGGAGGCCUCGGGCAUCGCGGAAGGUUCCUCUCUGCACCAGAUGGCUAAGGGUAUGGCUGGUAGGCUGUUACAGAGUAGGAGUAUAAGCACAAACUCAAAGUAUUAUGGCGCGUUCAGAAGGUGGGAGCAGUUUAUUUCGGCUCAUUGUUUUUCAGCCCUUCCUGCAUCACCGAUUCACGUAGCGGUGUAUUUGAACUAUUUGUUAGAUAACGGAUCCACAUUUUCUACAGUGACAUCAGCGACGUACGCCAUCAAAUGGGCGCACAAUAUCAACGGUCACCCGGACCCUACAACUAAUUCAUUCAUUCGGAGCUUGGUGGAAACAUCCAAACGUGUAGCAAGGAAGCCGACUUGUAAGAAGGAACCGGUAACCAGUGACAUGCUGAUUAAUUUGUGUGGGACAUAUUCUAAAUCAAACGACUUGUUGAUAGUACGAGAUUUGUCAAUGCUUUUAAUUUGU